AUGCCAGGCCUCCCACAGCCAGGCAUGCCGGGCUUCGCGCCCGCGCUCGUGGCCGCUGUCGCCUCUUCCCCCAUGCUCCGUGGCUGGCCCGUCGACGGCACGCUCACCGCCGUCCUCCUCCUCGCCCUCAUGGCUCGACGUGGAGGCGUAAUCCUAGACGCAGUGGGAAGCACGGCAAAGGUCGCAAAAGUGGUCGGCGCACUCACCGCUUCCGUGUUCGGCCUCGAAACACGUUUCAUGCGUCUCUCACAUAGCAGCGUCGCCGCCGACGCGGCACUUGGCCCCCCAUCAGCCGCUGACCCUGCUUCGGAACCCAAACCUCGCCCCCCUGCUGCCCGCGCCGUUGUGAUCACCGGACUCGAAGAUGCACCGCCGCCGGUGCUCGUUCAACUGCGGGGCGACUUCGCCUCGGCUGAACGCAGUCGGAACGCCCCGCUCAUUGUGUGGGUGCGCGACGAGGAGCGCGACGAAGCUCCGGGGUGGCUCAUCGACAUCUUUGCCUGCUCCGCACUCAUCUACGCUGACGAGCUCGUCGCGCCUCCUCCUGGAUUGGGCGUGACAGCUCUCAUUCCUCCAGAGUAUAUCCUGGACCUUCGUUCCCUCCUCCUCCUCACGCACAUUCACCCACCACUGGAAAGUCACAUCAAUAACCUCCUCACCGCCCUCUCUCUCCACCCAACGCUCGAAGCACGGCUGACUUCUCGUGCAUCUGCGUGCUUCAACACGCUCAUCAAAGGGCAGCGGAUCCUUGCCGGCCCCUUCGAGCUGCCAGAAGGCUGGCUCGAGCAUCUUCGCGCCUGGCGCGCCGAUAAGUGGGCCGAGGCUGAGUACGAUGCUGGCGCUGGGUCGUCUCUCCCAGCCUCUGCUCUACAUUCGCGCACACUGGCGAACAAGGGCGGAUACGGCGGUGGGCCUGGCGGAGUCGACACCUGGGGCCAGAGGGCAGGGGAAACGCCGACGCCGGCGAGCAUGUUAGGCCCCGGUGCAACAGACUGGUACUGCGACCCCGACAAUGUAGAGGGCGCGUUUGAGCUUGCCAUUCGCCAUCGCGUGCACGUCCGUCGACCUGGAGAGGCAACCCUCUUUGCCCUCAAUGGCAGUGCGCAGGAGCGCGUCCAGUACGCUCGGCAGACGGAAGCGAAGGGGAAGGCGCGGCAGCGUCGUAAGGAAAUCGACGCCGCGCUUGUGCGGCUCCUCCAAGAGGUCUAG